AUGGCGCGCAUCAAAGGGCCGAGGGACCGGCGGCCCCGCACAGCUGCGUCUGCGCCGGGGCCGCAGGAAGCGCCGGGACAGCCCUCGCUGCAGGUCCGGCCCCGACGCGGUGAGGAGGCCUGGGGAGGCCAGGAGGCCCCGCGAGGCCCGCAGAGCGCGCCCGCCUCGCCUCGCAUUCCAGCCGCGCUCUUCGCGGCCAAGUGCAGCGGCUGCAUGGAGAAGAUCGCCCCUACCGAGUUUGUGAUGCGAGCGCUGGAGUGCGUGUACCACCUGGGCUGCUUCUGCUGCUGCAAGGGCGACGAGUUCGUGCUCGAGGAGGGCCAGCUACUGUGCAAGGGUGACUACGAGAAGGAGAAGGACCUGCUCAGCUCUGUGAGCCCCGACGAGUCCGACUCCGUGAAGAGGGAGGAUGAAGAUGGGGACAUGAAGCUGGCCAAGGGGCAGGGCAGCCAGAGCAAGGGCAGCAGGGAUGACGGGAAGGACCCGCGGAGGCCCAAGCGACCCCGGACCAUCCUCACCACGCAGCGAAGAGCCUUCAAGGCCUCCUUCGAGGUCUCGUCCAAGCCUUGCCGAAAGGUGAGGGAGACACUGGCAGCUGAGACGGUCCUCAGUGUACGUGUGGUCCAGGUCUGGUUUCAGAACCAAAGAGCAAAGAUGAAGAAGCUGGCGCGAGGGCACCAGCAGCAGCAGGAGCAGCAGAACUCCCAGCGGCUGGGCCAGGAGGUCCUGUCCAGCCGCAGGGAGGGCACGAUGGCCUCCUCCACGCCGCUGGCCCCACCGCAGCAGCAGAUCGUGGCCAUGGAGCAGAGCCCCUACGGCAGCAGCGGCCCUUUCAGGCAGGGCCUCACGCCGCCCCAAAUGCCAGGUGACCACAGGAACCCCUAUGGGAAUGACUCCAUCUUCCACGACAUCGACAGCGAUACCUCCUUAACCAGCCUCAGCCACUGCUUCCUCGGCUCCUGAGACGUGGGCUCCCUGCAGGCCCGCGUGGGGAACCCCAUCGACCGGCUCUACUCCAUGCAGGGUUCCUACUUCGCCUCCUGA